GACGCACUGCGCAUGACAGCCGAGCAACGGACCACUACUGCUGCUGCUGAGCGUCUCUCGGAGGCGGUUGCCAUGGAGCGGGCGUGGCGACAGCAGGGCAGGGGGCGGGGCCGCAGCCAGGAGAGUCCGGGCGAAAGGUCACGACCCCCGCAGAAGGAGAAGGAGAGAGAGAGGCCGGGAGGAGCCGCCGCCGCCGGAGCCUGGGCGGCAGGAAGAGGAGGGAGGACGAAGAACGCCGUAACGCCUGAACCUGAACGCGGUGUGUCGGUCCAAUCGAAGUUCGAGGAGAUCAGAAAGUCCAACCAGGCUGCUGCUCAGCGAUUGGUGGAGAGCCGUAUCAGCUCCUCCUCCGAUGACGAUGAUGAUGAUGAUGGAGGCGUUGGACAUGAGGAUGGAAAGAGAGGAAAGAUCCUGGCAUCGACCUUCACCACCUACACCAACCAGACAGGUGGAGACGCUACAGGUCUGGUCAGGACCGGUCAGUACGUCAGCGACCUGUUUCAGUCCGGAGCGCUCACCUGUCUGAUCUGCAUCGCCUCCGUCAAGAGGACGCAGCCGGUGUGGAGCUGUUCCAGCUGUUUCUCGCUCUUCCACCUGCCUUGCAUUCAGAAAUGGGCCAGAGACUCGGCCUUCCUCGUGUCCUCCGUCACCGAUGAAGACUUCGGUCAGAAGCAGCAUCCCUGGCCCUGUCCGAAGUGUCGAGCGGAGUAUCCUCCCAGCGCGACGCCCAACAGGUACACGUGUUACUGUGGGAAACUGCAGGAUCCUCCAGCUGAUCCCUGGUUGGUUCCUCACUCCUGCGGCUCCGUCUGUCAGAAGGAGCUCAAACCCACCUGUGGACACACCUGUCUGCUGCUCUGUCACCCCGGUCCCUGCCCUCCGUGUCCGAAGAUGGUGUCGGUUUCCUGUAUGUGCGGCAAAGCUAAGCCCCUCCCCCGUCGCUGUAGCAACAAGGCCUGGUCGUGUCAGCAGCACUGCGGCAAGUUGUUACCCUGCAAACAGCACACCUGUUCCCAGCCGUGUCACACAGAGUGUUCUCCGUGUCCCAGAGUCAGUGUUCAGAGGUGUGUGUGUAGUAGAGAGGAGGCAGAGAGACCCUGCGCCAGCCCUCAGUGGAACUGUCAGCAGGUGUGCGGAUCUCUCCUCUCCUGUGGGAAUCACACCUGUGAGGUUGUGUGUCACGACGGCGUUUGUCCUCCGUGUCCUCGAUCCGUCAGCAGAUCGUGUCCCUGCGGAAAGACCAAGUCAUCUCUGCCGUGCACAGAGGAAGUGUUUCCAUGCGGCGACACGUGCGACCGCCGUCUGUCGUGUGGAAAACACACCUGUUCAAUGAGGUGUCACCGAGGGAACUGUGAGACCUGCAGACAGGAGGUGGAGAAGGAGUGCAGGUGUGGUAAAUACAGGAAGUUGAUGCCGUGUCAUAAGGAAUAUCUGUGUGACUCCAAAUGUCCAAAAACCAGAAGCUGCCAGAAACACCAGUGCAGAAGAAAGUGUUGCCCUGGUAACUGCCCUCCCUGUGACCAGAGCUGCGGCCGAACUCUCGGGUGUCGCAACCACAAAUGCCCCUCCGUCUGUCACCAAGGUAGUUGUUAUCCCUGUCCAGAGACAGUGGACGUCAGGUGUACAUGUGGUUCCACCUUCUUGACUGUCCCUUGUGGACGAGAGAGGAGCACCAAGCCGCCUCGCUGCAAAGAGCCCUGCAGGUGUCCUCCAUCCUGCCACCACCCGACCAGAGAGAGUCACCGUUGCCACCCCGGGACCUGUCCCCCCUGCAGACAGACCUGUCUGCUGUCACUGCCCAAGUGCAGCCACACCUGUCCACAGCCCUGCCAUGACCUGGUGCUGGUCAAAUCCCAACCGGUGCAGUUAGCGGGUCCAUGGGAACAGCCGUCUGAACCAGCAUUUGUGAAGAAAGCUCUGCCCUGUCCACCAUGUCAAGUACCAAUACCAACGUCUUGUUUUGGAGAACAUGAGGUGAGCCCGGUGCCGUGUCAUCGUCAGGGGAGGUUCUCCUGUAAACGACCUUGUGGACGACCUUUGGCCUGUAGCAACCACAGCUGCAGCAGGGAGUGUCAUCUGGUUACCGACGGCAACAAGUGUGAGGUGUGCGAAGAAGGCUGCGCUAAGCCCCGCCCCCCCGGGUGCCCCCACACCUGUCCCCGCCCCUGUCACCCCGGCAACUGCCCCGUCUGCAGCCAGAUGAUCCGCCAGCGCUGCCAUUGCAAGAUCAGCAUGCUCUACGUGGAGUGCACGAAGAUGACAUCAGCUGAUGAACAGACAAAGGUGGAGCUGGGCUCCUGCAACAACCAGUGUCCUAAAGAGCUGAGCUGUGGUCAUCGCUGUAAGCAGAUGUGUCAUCCAGGUGUGUGUGAGGAGAAAUGUCAGCACAAGGUGAAGCUUCGAUGUCCCUGCAAGAGGAUCAAGAAGGAGUUCCUGUGCUCUCUGGCGGCUCAGUGUGAUGUUCAGUGUGACGACGCCUGCAGAGACCAGCAGAAGAAAGUCAGCCAGAUGAAGGAGGCGGAGCAGAAAGCAGCUCAGGAGGAAGAGCAGAAGAAGCUUCAGGAGGAGCUGGAGGCGUUCGAGAAGCGUCAGCAGCGAGGAGGAGGUCGCAGGAGUAAGAAGCGGGGGAGGAAGGAGGAGGUGGAUGAUGAGCGAGGGAGGAGGGGGAGGUGGUGGAGGUGCGCCGCCUACGUGCUUGUGCCGGUGGGCGGAGCUCUGCUGUCCGCCGCCGCCUACUACCUGCUGACUCCGCCGUGAACACGUGAACACAGCGAGCACACGGCUGCCUGCGGUCGCGUCUGUCGGCUCUGUGAUUCUGUUUUAUUUAGUUUCUCAUUCUGUUCAUGAUGUUUGUCUGUUUCUGUCAUCGUAGUUUAGUCUCUUCCUGUCGGCUGUUCGGAGUUUAUUUGGCCUUCAGCACUAUGAUGCCUGAGUUUCUGACUCUGUACCAACAAACAACACUUUCCUCUUUCUCUUUGACUUUCACACAUUUUCUCGUUAUUUAACAAAUUUCCACAAGUCAUCAGUGUUUCACGUCUGUCACUUCUACAUUUCACGUGUCUGAUCGGCUGUCAGAUAUUCAAACAGUGUAAAGAAGCUUUCAGACAUGUUAAAAAAGAUGUAAAUGUCUCUUUACUCCUCACAUCUGUAACUACUGUACGUCUGUUAAAAUGAUGAUAAAUGGUGUUCAUCAGUGUUCAAACAGCACAGAGGGCUGCAACUCACCGUUAUUCAUUAUCGAUUCAUCUGUCGAUUAUUUUCUUGGUUAAUCAAUUAGACGUUUGAUCUAUAAAAUGUUAGAAA